AUGGCAGCCACUCCUCCGCACCAGAUGGACACCCACGAUGCCGCCAGUUCCGGUAGCCUCUCGCCCUCUGAGGAGGUCCGUCGGUCGCGCUUCUGCGGUAUCCGUGACUUUCUCGACGGCAUUAACUCCACCGUCACCACCUCUCGUUUCGGACACUUUUUUCAUCUUUCUGGCACUGGCCAUCCCAACGAAAUCCCCGGUUCUACCUUCUUUCGUGAAAUCCGCGCCGGGUUGACAACCUUCGCCACCAUGGCCUACAUCAUCGCCGUGAAUGCUUCUUUGCUAUCCCAAACAGGUGGCACUUGCGUCUGCGACUUGGAGGACAGGCAGGCAUGCGACAACAUUGAUUCAUACGUUGCUUGCAAGGAAGACGUGCGACGCGACCUAAUCACUGCCACUGCGGCCAUCGCGGGCCUGGCGAGCUUCAUGUUUGGACUCUUAACCAACCUACCAGUUGCGAUUGCACCUGGCAUGGGACUUAACGCCUACUUCACAUUUCAAGUCGUCGGCUACAAUGCGAGCGGUCCCAUUUCUUACCGCAUGGCUCUCACGGCUGUCUUCGUUGAGGGCUUGAUCUUCAUCUUCCUUGCCCUCACGGGUAUGAGGCAAUGGCUCGUCAAGUUAAUCCCUGCGACCCUCAAGACUGCCACAGGUGUGGGCAUCGGCUUUUUCCUGACCGAGAUCGGCCUUUCCUACUCGGCUGGUAUUGGUGCCAUCACUGGUGGUUGGACGGCCACUCCGCUCGCUCUUGGCGGUUGUCCCCAAGAACUUAUCGAUCCUACAACCGGCAUGUGCAGCAGCGGGCAGAUGUCGAGUGCCAAGCUUUGGGUGGGCGUAUUCUGUGGUGGUAUCGUAACAGCUUUCCUCAUGGCCUUUCGCAUCAAGUACGCUCUCAUUCUCGGCAUCGCCCUGGUCUCAAUUCUCUCUUGGCCACGCAACACUCCCAUGACCUACUUCCCUCACACCGACGAAGGCGACUCUCGUUUCGAGUUCUUCAAACAGGUCGUUGUUUGGCACCCUAUGGAGAAAACCCUCAACCAACUUGACUGGACCCUUGAAGGUAACUCGCGUCAGUUCGCUCUCGCCCUCUUCACCUUCCUCUACGUCGACAUCAUUGAUGCCACAGCCACUCUUUACUCCAUGGUCCGCUUCUGCGGUGUCGUUAGUCCCCGCGAUGGCGACUUUCCUCGCUCUACCAUUGCCUACUGCACCGACGCAGCCUUCAUCUCUAUCGGUGCGCUCUUUGGCUCUUCUCCAGUCACCGCCUUCAUUGAGAGUGGCGCUGGAAUUGCCGAAGGAGGACGGACGGGGCUCACAGCUAUGGUCACUGGCUUAUGCUUCAUUAUAUCUAUCUUCUUUGCGCCCAUUUUUGCGUCUGUCCCACCUUGGGCGACAGGGUGUACACUUAUUCUGGUCGGCUGCAUGAUGAUUCGUCAAGUCACCCAAAUCAAUUGGCGGUACAUCGGCGAUGUCCUGCCGUCCUUUGUUGUCAUGACAUUCAUCCCUUUCAGUUACAGUGUUGCCUACGGCCUCAUCGCGGGUGUCUUCAUCUAUGCCGUCCUCAACGGACUCAUUGGUCUCGUAGUCUUUAUCUCUGGAGGCUACCUGGAGCCCCGCGAGUACGAUCUCAAGGAGUACUGGACCUGGAAAGGCUCCGGCCGCGCCCCCUGGUUCGUCCGCGCCAUGCGUCGCAAACGCCGCGGCACACUGGACAUCGAAGACGAGCACCAAACCUCCUCCUCUGGCCUCGAUGGUAGCUUCCCCAUCUCUCCUGAUCAUGACAGCUCAGCAGGGCGCUCGGGUGAGUCAUCGGGUAAGGAGGGGAUCGCCUUGUCCGAGCCCCCCGUCUCACCCACACCGCCCGGUCGGUGGAUUGGGUGAUUUGAUCCCUUGGAAUCUAGUUGGUUUAUUCCCGCUGUUACACGCUUUCUUGGGAAGAACUACAGCUAGCUGUUGGAUGUCUGAGAGCUUGUUUUGGGCAGCGUGGCGACGAAUCAGGAUGACAGACAUCGCGAUUCAAUGUGACAAGCAGAACGUGGAUAUCCAUGCCUGUCAUGGUGAACAUGAGAGAGAAAACGAACAGUAACGACUGGAGGCAUUUUCAGGGGGUUGGUAAUUAUUGCAAAGAUUUGAGAUGCGGAAAAGACAAAACGAUGACGGUAUCCUAUCACAUGUCACACUUCAGGCUGUAGCAUGCCUUUCCGUUGCAUGAUACAUCAGUUGUAGAACCAUAGAUAGCUUCAUUUAGGUUGAAGACGUCAUAGUGUCACCCAGAAAACAAGAAAGCAAAUAGAAUAUGAAAGCAAAAAGGAG